AUGCAUAGAAAAGAAAUGAGAGAGGAAAGGUUGCAGGAUGAAGGAAGUGACGAUGAGGAGGGAAAUUCCGUUGUUAUCAAGUGGCUUAUUGAUGCUAUAAGGAAGGUGAAGUUCCAAAAACAGAGGCCGUCUUUGGAACGUGUAUGCUCUGUUGUGCGUCAAAGACACUCAAUUGAUCCUCUGACUAUUAGCAAACAGUUAGAAAAAGCUGUGGCUAAGGGUUUAGUUCUUAAGGUUUAUUCUAAAGGAUGUGUCACUUAUAAAGAUCCUGGAACCAUGUGCAAUUUAAAGAGCCGCACCCUUCGUAUCCAUGCUGGAACUGAUAUGGCAAAAAUUAUAAUCAAAGCCAUUAGAGAACUUGGUGAAAAUGGUGGAUCCACCCUUCGUUCAAUAGAGAAAUAUUUGAGACAAACUUUUACCCUUAGUAUUGAUCAGGGAUUAGAUUUAGCUCAACAGCUUCUGCAGUCUGCCAAACGAGCUGUUUCUAAUGGUCUUUUGAUUCAAGAAGGAAGAAUUUAUAAAAUAAAAAGUAAAUUUUUGCGGAGAGGAUCAGUAGAAUCUGGUGCAGCAUCGAACAGUUCUAGUACAAGCCCUGUCAAAACAAUUGGACUGCUUCAUUGCUUUAUUUGUAAAGAAAGUACUAUAUGCAGAAAUGGUAGAUAUGAAACUCUCUUAACUUGCUGCAUCUGUACAGUAUCAGUGCAUCCAUCAUGCUUUGGAAUAUCGCCUGAAGCCUUGAAAGAUAUUAAGGAGUGUAAAUGGGAGUGCAGUCGCUGCAGAAACUGUGCUGUCUGUGGCGAAAAAAGUGAACACAAAAAACGUGUUCUGUGUUGUAAUUUAUGUGAUAAAGGUUUUCAUGCUACUUGUGUGAGGCCGGUUUUCCCUAGACCAGCUAGAGGAAAAUGGAGGUGUGAUUCCUGUAAAAAGAAAACAAUGUUGUCCAAAGAAAAGAAUCACAUCAAUAGAAUGGCUGCUAAUGUUAAAGAAAGAUAUAAAAAGCACAAAUUGAAACUGAAUGUUGGGAGAAAAAUCAAAAGUCAAUCAUACUCUGUUUUAAAAAAUUCACGGCAUUCCAGAAAAACGCUAAGGACUUCUGACUCAGGUACUGAAGCAGAAACUAGUAUAAAAGAGCCUAAAGCAACUUUGCCACCUGGUGUUACUGAUAAUGAUGUAAAUUUGUUCAAAAACGUCCAAGAAACAGCAUUACAAGCUAUGGGCCAUGGAUCAAUUCCCCCUGAACCUCAAGGACGUAGUCCUGGAGCUAUUGAAUUUGGAAAAUUUAGUAUAGAAACGUGGUAUUCAUCUCCAUAUCCUCAAGAGUAUGCUAGGCUUCCAAAACUGUUUUUGUGUGAGUUCUGUUUGAAAUAUAUGAAGAGUAAGAAUAUUCUUCUGCGACACUUGAGGAAAUGCAAUUGGACUCACCCUCCUGGAACCGAAAUCUAUCGAAAAGAAGAUUUAUCUGUUUUUGAGGUUGAUGGAAAUGUCAACAAAUUAUACUGUCAAAAUGUCUGCCUGCUUGCAAAGUUAUUUUUGGAUCAUAAGACACUUUAUUAUGAUGUUGAACCCUUUCUUUUUUAUGUCUUGACGAAAAAUGAUGAUACAGGAUGUCAUUUUGUGGGCUAUUUUUCCAAGGAAAAAUUAUGCCAGCAACGAUAUAAUGUGUCUUGCAUUAUGACAAUGCCGCAGUAUCAAAGACAAGGAUAUGGCAGGUUUCUUAUAGAUUUCAGUUAUUUGUUGUCUAGAAAAGAAGGAUUACCUGGCACUCCCGAGAAACCUUUAUCGGAUCUUGGAAGAAUAAGUUAUGUUUCUUAUUGGAAAAGUGUGUUACUGGAAUACAUUUAUGCAUGGCAUAAUAAAGUAAACAACCAUCAAAUUAACAUUAAAGGCAUUGCUUUGGAAACCGGGAUCAGUGUUCUUGACAUUAUAAGCACUAUGAAGGAUCUAAACAUGAUUCAAUUGAAUUCUGAGGACAAGCUUAUCAUAUCAUUGAGUAAAAAAAUAUUGGAUGAGCAUAUGGCUAAAGUUAAGGCUAAUCAGCAUACAAGAAUUGAAUUAGACCCUGAAUGCCUUCGUUGGAUACCACUAGUUACAAACACAGUGUGUUCUGAUCAAAAGGUUGAUGACUCUGAUGAAUCUGGUAGUGAAGUUCCAUCUACUGUCAUGAAUGGAGAAAAAAAAUUAUCACCAGCAAAGCCAGAUAAUAAUUCAGAAAAAGAAAAUUUUCAAGAGUCUGUUACUCCACAUGAGAAAAGUCAGAAGCAUAAAAGAAAAGCUGAUAAAUUGCAAGUUGAUAACAAUGGUGUAGUCGAGAACUUAGAAAAGCGUAGACGAUCUUUUUCCUUGAGUAAAAUUUCAGAUAGUCCUAAAGAAGAAGUCGCUGAGAAAGAUCUUCCUUUGAAGCCUGUGAAGAAACAUAAGAGAAAAUCAAAGAAUAUAUUUGAAACCAAAGUCUUCAAAAAUAAAAAGAGAAAAUAUAAAAACAAUCUUUUAAAGAAAGUCAGUAAAAUGAAGAAAUUAGGGAGGAAGAAGAAGCUUUCAAAAGAAGUUAAACGCUUAGCUAAAAUCUUACAUGCCAAUCCAAAUUUAAUUGCUUCAGCUUCAAAUAGAAAGUUGCUGAAGUUAAAGAAGAAAAAUAAGAAUGCAAAAGAUAAACCUGUUGAAUAUGGAAUGAAGUUAAGGCAUCAGAAAUCAUCAAUUGAAGUAGAAAAGGUAGAACAACCUAAUGCCCCUGUUAAUAUUGCCGAAGCAUCAAAAAAUAUGAGCACUGAAACUAAAUUAAAUGUUCAAAAGGAUGUAACUACUAUACCUCUGCCCUCCAUUGUGUCUGAGAGUGACAGCAGCACCACUCCUCCUUGUUUAAUUCCUGCGGAAAGUACAGAAGAUUCUAUACAAGAUCAUACACCUGUUGAACCUCCUUCCCUUCAAGCUCAUGAUUUGGAAAAUAAAAUCGAUUCUGAUGUUAAUUGGAGAUCUCUACCACGUCGAGCUAAAAGACCUGCAUCAUCCUCACCAAUGAGAAAACCUCCAAAGAAAAGAGGUCGUCCUAAAGCACCUGAAAAUGUACUUCCUGCUUCAGAAAAUUGUAAUUCAAAUGAUAUACCAGAAGAUGAAAACGUAACCAUCCCACCUGAAUCUUCUACGGAAACCAGUGUUAAUAUUAAUAGUGGUGAUGAAACAAAUAUCUUAGUCGAUCAAAAUUCUGUUUCAAAUAAUGAUGCUCAUUUCAAACUGAUUGAUAAUGAGGCUUCUGAAAAUAUUUCUUGUACAAGCAAUGGUUGUAAAGUUUCAAAUGAAGGUGCUCUCAAAAAUCCUGAAAAUGAUGAUGAGGAGUUUGAUUCUGAUAAUGAAACAUUUGAAGGCAAAAUCUCCAAACCUUCGAAGGUAGAGGAUCAAGGAAAAAUAAAUGGCAGCAUAGAGAAGGAACCUCUUAAACCUCAAAAAGAAAAUAGUGUAAUGCAAGCUUCAAAUAAUAUAGAAAAAGUCAGCACAGAAUCAGAAACUGCAAAUGGAAAUUCUGAAUAUGUACCUGCAGACCUAGUAGAGUCAAAUGAUAAAGCAGGAUCCACAAAGAAUGAAAUUGCAUGUGAAGAAAGUAAACCUGAAUGUAGUGAAUUGGUCAAUAAUUCUGUUUCUGAGAAUCAUACCUCUGAGGAAUGUGAAAUGCAAUCAUUAACAGUUGAGAAAAAUAAUUCAGAAAGUAAUAAUGAUAAAGAUGAUCUCGUGGCUGACCAAAAUGAACUUUCAGAAAUUCAAUCAAAUGUGACACCUGAUGAGAACAAUCUACAUUCAAUCGGCAGUUGUAAUGAUGAUGUUCAAGAGCAACUUUUCGAUAAUACCUCUGAAUGUUUAAAUGAGGUUCAACAACUAGUAAUAUCACUAUGUGAACAUGUUGAAAGUGAUGAGGCGAAAAACGAGUUUCUGACUUUAUCUUCAGGGCCUGAAAAUCCUAUCUCUGAAAAAGAAUUUCAUUCGAACUAUGUGGAGGAUGAAAAUUCUAUCAUAAGAGAUAAUCAGGAAAUUAAUGUUAAUCAAACAGGCAAUCAGGAAGAAAAGAUGGAACCUCUUGUUAAUGCCAACAGUUUUACGGAUUGCAGCCCACCUUCUAGUUGUCAGUCUCAUGGUGAAGAAAAUUCCCAUGCAUCACAGCUGCCACUUACGCCCCAAACUCCUGUUUCUAAUCAAUCACAUAAUAAUCAAGCUUCUCUUUCUGCUGGGAUUUCAGGUGAUGAAUGCCAAAGCUCUAGUGAAGGUGAUUUUAAUAGUGGUGAGAGUAAUCUUUCACCUUCAUCCCUUAAUAAGAAUAGGAUUUGUCAGUUGAAAAGUAACAGGCAUAUUUAUGAGCACUAUCAAGAUGAAGUACAUACAGAUUUUGAAUCCAGAUCUCCUAGUGAUGAUGCUGGAGCUGACACCAAUAAUUGCUACACCCGUCCUACUUCAGCCCCUUCGACACCAAGUGUAUUAAGAAAAAAUACACCUACCCCAGAUAUGGCACAUCUUGGAGUUUAUACUCCUGAUUCAUCUACGAAUAGUGGCUAUAACUCUGUUGAUGUUGAUGUUCAUCAUUUGAAUUUAGAAUCUCCUUCAUCUAUUCAUAGCAGUGAGAUGUCCCAACAAAAUUCCGUGGAGCAAUCACCUCAACCUGCUACACCACACUCAUAUGCAGAGCCAUUGCAAGUGGCGGGUACAUACUGUUCACCUGAGAGAGAUGUAGCACAUGCAAUGCCAAUGGCAAAUGUUGUCAAUACUCAGAGUUCUCGUAAAUCAAGCUGUGCCCCUAUUGUAACAUUAAAUUCUAGUUCUUCCCCCCACAUACAACAGCCCAUGCCUAGUUCUUCCCCUCACAUACAACAGCCUAUGCAGCAUCAUUCUCAUCAAGUACACCAUCAACAAUCUGAUACAUCAUACCCUCAUCAUCCAGCAUCUGCAGCUUUGUCCAGCAUGGUGAAUAACAACACAGUUGGUACACUUUUGUUGGGCCAAUCAACUCCAGUUCCAUCAUCUAAUAGUUAUUUGAGUACUGUUAAUAUAGGUAUUCCUUCUUCUACUCCUUCUCCCAUACCAGUUGGUGGUUCUUAUAUGGUUGGUGUUCCAAUUACUUCUGUGAUCCAGUCCCAGUCACCUUCUGUUAGUCAUCAUCACCAUCAUCAUCAAUCCGGAAAUCAAACUAGUCAUGGCUCCAUGCAAAAGCUAAGCCACAUUUCCAUGCCUGCUACUACAUCAGCUGCACCUCAUGCUUUUCAUUUACAACCACAGAAUUAUAACUAUUCAAAUGCUACAGGAAAUCAAAACACAAGUUGCAGCUUAACUAAACUUCAACAACUUACAAAUGGUAUUGAACAUAACCCAAAUCAGGUACCUAGUUAUGCUUCUAUGACUCCACCUCCAUCAUAUAAUUCACCCACUCAUCAGACAUUAACACCACCACCACAGAUGCAAAAACCCAUUGCUCCUGCAAUAACAAACUUACAGUCGCAGUCAACACUACCCUCAAAUCAAGUUCACGGAUAUGCUAAUUAUAAUCAUCGUUAUCAUCCUCGACCAGUUCAAAGAACUUCCAACAUAGCUAUUGCACCGAAUUUGGUCGCUGCAAGUUAUCAAACUUUGAAUGGUGUUGGCUAUCGCAUGCAGCAAGCAUCACCUCUUGGGAGUGGCACAGCUUUGCUAAACACGGGUUACAUUACAAAUGGCGGUUUCAUCAAUCCUCCCUCUCCUGCCAUGCAGAUGGGUGUUGUCAAUAUGCAUCCACAAGGUCAGUAUCAAGACAUUCAGCAAGUGAGGCCACAAAGCACUAUGUAUUACAGCUACAGUUUACCACCACAAGCUUUAAAUUCCAUGAUGAGACGGUGAUAUUUGCUUAUACAGGAGUACUCAUACAGUUUUCAAACAAUUCACAUCUCAGCUGAGGAAAAUGGAAACAAAACAGAGUAAGCAGCCAUUGUUAAAAUGGAUGUUCUAUAUAUUAUUCAUUGAAAUCUCAGAUUAUGCAAGUUACCAUUUUCUGAAUAUAGUCUUAAUACCUCAAAUACCAGAGUUGAAAACUUUCUAUUUUGAAAACAUUUUAGUUUUACUGUAUUUUCCAAGGGUAAAUUUUGUAAAUAAUUGUAUCAUAUGGGUAGUUUGAUUUCUGUAAAUAGGAUACACAUGCAUAACACACAUGUACAUUUUCAUGCUGUCACUGUAUCAUAGAACAUGAAUGACUUGUUAUAUUUGUACAUAUGUUGUUACAUAACAUUGAAUAAUUUGUAUAUUUAUUGCAUAACGUUUUCUCUUUCGU